AAACACACACCAUUUUUAAGUUACAGAAAGAACAAAUACUUUAGCUGUCCUGAAAAAAAAAAAAAAAAUCACCACGUUUUAGCAAAACAGAAUUACUGGACUAUUGAGAAAAAAAAAAAAAUUACUUUAGAAUUUGUUGCAGCACCGAGUGUCCUCGUCUACCGCUAUGGUUUCGCAUCUGAAUAAGGACAACGCGGCUGCUUUGCAAGUUGGCCGCUUCACGGUUUACAAGGAGCCGGUCUCUCCCUAUAACGGCUACACAGGUGACCCGCGCCUCGGUUCUGCAUACCAGCACAGCAGCACCGGGAACGGGCUUAACCAGUCGUUUACUAAACCCCAAAGCAAUGACCCAGUCAUGGCUCCACUGGAGAGCAGAAGGGUGCUGGCACAGGAAUCGGCACGGCCGCGCCCGGUUCUGUAUCAGAAUGCCCUGCAGCAUCACAGGCUGCCCUCCAUCUAUAGCACACUGGACCAGGUGCCCCAUUACGCGUUUUAUGCCAAUACUGCCGUGCCAGGGAAGCUCAAGAAGAGCCGGCCUUCGUUGAAUGUUCUACGCUACGCCAUUGAUGAGAGUGAGGGGGUUCCUCCAGGGGGAUCUGAAGGCAGUUUCCCACAGGAGACCCCAGACAAAUCCUCAGAUGAAGAGGCCAAUGUGGGCGAUAAGCCCGAAUCACAGCCAGUCCGAUUCGGCUGGGUCAAGGGUGUGAUGAUUCGCUGCAUGCUGAACAUCUGGGGGGUUAUUCUAUACCUGAGACUGCCCUGGAUCACUGCGCAAGCUGGAAUAGGCCUUACUUGGGUGAUCAUCCUGUUGUCUUCUCUUGUGACAACAAUCACUGGACUCUCCAUCUCAGCUAUCUCCACCAAUGGGAAGGUGAAAGCGGGUGGCACAUACUUUCUGAUCUCCCGCAGUCUUGGUCCAGAGUUGGGGGGCUCUAUCGGACUGAUUUUUGCCUUCGCGAAUGCAGUGGCUGUGGCAAUGCACACCGUGGGCUUCUCUGAGACUGUGCGGGACCUGAUCAUUGAGUAUUCUGGCGGGCCCUUAGUGGACCCAAUUAAUGAUAUCAGGAUUAUAGGUGUCAUCACUGUGGUAGUUCUCCUGGGGGUCUGUGUGGCUGGCAUGGAGUGGGAAUCUAAGGCUCAGAUCCUGUUUUUCAUAGUUAUCCUCAUAUCUUUUGUGAACUACUUUGUAGGGACAGUGAUACCAGCGACUAAGGAAAAACAAUCAAAGGGAUUCUUCAACUACAAAGCUGACCUAUUCCUAAGUAACAUGGUCCCAGGAUGGAGAGGGGAGGACGGCAGCUUUUUCGGAAUGUUCUCCAUCUUUUUCCCAUCAGCCACUGGAAUUCUAGCGGGCGCCAACAUCUCAGGAGAUCUGAAGGAUCCUGCGGUAGCCAUUCCACGGGGCACUCUUAUGGCUAUCUUCUGGACUACCAUAUCUUACCUGGCUAUCUCGGCAACCAUUGGUUCCUGUGUGGUGCGCGAUGCCUCUUCCAGCCUCAAUGACACGCUCCUCUCCAAUGAGACUGCAGGAUGUGAGGGGCAAGCAUGCCGCUACGGCUGGAACUUCACUGAGUGCUAUAGAGCAGGAGACUGUACUCAAGGACUACUAAACAAUUAUCAGACUCUGAGCAUGGUAUCUGGGUUCGGACCCCUGGUCACUGCAGGGAUCUUUGCUGCCACUCUGUCCUCGGCGUUGGCCUGCCUUGUGUCAGCUCCCAAGGUUUUUCAGUGCCUUUGCAGAGACAAUCUGUACCCUCUGAUUGGAGUAUUCGGAAAGGGAUAUGGCAAAAAUAAUGAACCUACAUGGGGCUAUGUGCUCACUUUCUUCAUCGCUGUGUCCUUUAUCCUGAUUGCUGAGUUGAAUGUAAUUGCUCCGAUCAUCUCCAAUUUCUUUCUGUGCUCUUACGCGCUCAUCAACUUCAGUUGCUUUCAUGCUUCUGUCACAAAUUCUCCAGGCUGGAGGCCCUCAUUCCGGUACUACAGCCGCUGGACUGCUCUGUUUGGAGCAAUCAUCUCCCUUGUGAUCAUGUUUCUGUUGACCUGGUGGGCAGCUCUCAUUGCUCUAGGCAUUGUGGUGUUCCUCCUGGGAUAUGUCACCUACAAGAAACCAGAUAUCAACUGGGGUUCCUCCAUGCAGGCUGGUACAUACAACUUGGCCCUUUCCUACUCCGUCUCUCUCACUGGGGUGGAGGAUCAUGUUAAAAACUUCAGGCCACAGUGCUUAAUAUUGACCGGUCCUCCAAUGUUUCGUCCUGCUUUGGUUGAUUUUGUGGGCACCUUUACCAAGAAUAUCAGCCUCAUGAUCUGUGGGAACAUAAUCACGGGUGAUGGUAGGAAUAUCCAACGGGAAGAGACGACCAGUAGAGAGGUGAACUGGUUGAACAAGCGCAAAAUCCGUUCCUUUUACACUUCGCUGUCUGGGGACAACCUGAGAGAUGGAGCCAGGAGCCUCAUGCAGGCUACUGGCCUGGGAAAGCUGAAACCCAACACUCUCUUCAUGGGUUUUAAAGGGAAUUGGCAGAAAGACUUCCCACAAAACAUGGAUGACUAUAUUGGAACUAUACAUGAUGCCUUUGACAUUAAUUAUGGGGUGUGUCUGCUAAGACUGAGUGAGGGGUUGGACGUUUCUGCCAAAAUGGAAGCCCAUGUUAACCCUACUUUUGAAAACCAAGAAGCCACAGAAACUGAGAAAAACAAAGAGGAUUCCACUGAAACCAUCGAGGAUAUGUGCUCAUCGCAUCUAGUGGCUGAACAAGCCAGCAGCAUUUUCCAGGGCAAACAAGGGAAGAAAUCCAUCGAUGUCUACUGGAUUUCUGAUGAUGGAGGCCUGACACUUCUAAUCCCAUACCUGCUGACCAGAAAGAAGAGGUGGAAACAGUGCAAAGUGAGGGUCUUCAUCAUCGGACACCAGGACACUGUAGAGGAGUCGAGGAAGGAAAUGCUUUCCCUGCUAAGUCAGUUUCGUUUGGACUUUCAUGAUGUAAUUGUGAUUAUAGACAGUGAGCAAGCCCCACUGUCUGAGAAUGUGAAGAGGUUUGAGGACUCCUUUGCCUCCUUCAGGCUCAAUGAUGGCUUACGGGACGAGGCUACAGUCAGGGAGCUGAGAAAGAACUGUGCCUGGAUGAUCUCAGACAGAGAGAUGGAACAAUUGAAACAGAAGUCUGAAAGAAAGGUCCGGUUGAAUGAGAUUAUCCAAGAGUACUCCACUGAAGCAGCUUUGAUCCUUGUGAGCUUGCCAGUGGCAAACAAAGACUCCUGCCCAAGUGCACUGUACAUGGCCUGGCUAGACGCAUUGUCUCACAACCUAAAGUGUCCAACACUUCUGAUCAGAGGAAACCAACAGAGUGUCCUGACCUUCUACUGUCAAUGAGGCUCCUCUUCUUGUGGCUUCUUUUACUAUACAAUAUCAAGGCACUGGAGACUUACACUGUCGAGGCCAUGGAAGCCAGAUAACAUUUGUUGAGUGGUGUUUUGGUGUUCUGAACUGGGAAAUGCAAAACAUUUUGUAAUCUGAACCCUGUUUAUAUAUACACUUCUGCAAAGAGGCAGUCCAAAUCUGCGGUCAUUUAAAGUAUAAUUUUGAACAUAAUUUUGGGUUAACUAGUUCCAAUUUAAUAUAUCAAGCAUUUUUGUAAAUAAUAUCUCUAGGAACUGUCAGGUCACUUUAGCAUUCUGUUUAUAGUAACUCUGAUGACAAUGUAGCACAGUAUGCGUAAUCAAUACGUUUGUUGUCUGCGGUGAUCUCACACUAUAGUGAUGUAUGGCAGCCCUUUCACAGCAAAGUCUGCCAAGUUAGAUAUUUGCAUGUUAUCCUCUGAUGCAUCUUGAUGGCUGAUUUAGUCACUUCCUUAUCAUAGGAAUUUGUAGUUUGCUUGAGUCUUCUACACCCUACAAGAUGGCUGACAGCCAGAGGAAUGAGCUUGUAGUUUGGUAGUACCUUACAGAUUGUUAGCGGGUGACUUCUGUUAAUAUCAAAAAUGUAAUGAUUUUCUAUUAAAUAUUUAUAUAUGUAAAACA